AAAAGAAAAAACAGAAACAAAAGAUGCUUAAGUUUUCUAAUGUGAGAAGCAAACACCUACACCCUAGCCUCUUCGCCUCCUCUACCAUGCCUAUUUCUAGAAUCCUCCUUGUCUUCAUCUCUUUCCAGAAAUUCAAAUCCCUCAAAAAUCUCCAUUUAUGGCUAAUCUACUAUUGGCAUAAUGACAGCCCUAUCCCUUUUUGAUUUACCGUUUUUCUUUAUCUUUUAAAUGGGGUUUUUUUGGUGGAAAUUCAGAUCUGAAGGAACCUCAUCCAGUGGCCAUGGUUUAUCCGCCCUUCAUCGACCUCGGGAUGGCGAACAGUAAUAAUGAACGGGAGCCUUUAAUUGGGUUUUCACUUUAUUUUUCAUUAACCAGCCGGAUUAAUUCAACCAAUGAAGAGAAAAGGAAGUCAUUAUUAGCAUCCACCUACAAGAAAUCUUUGGAAACCCGAAUCGCCAAAGCGUAUUUAAACUCAGGGAAGUGCCUUUGUCUGCUCUAUUCUUGGAUUUUUUUGCCUCGUUUUCUUGUGUUUUUCUGGCUUAAUGUUUUCUCAUAUUAUCUUCUUGAAAUUAUUCUCAGGAUUUAUUUUGUGUGUCGAUUAUGUUUUCUAGAUCCUUCCUAUUUGCAUGUUGUGAUGAUUUGUUUAGUGAACUAUUUGAUAUUAAUUUUGCUCUGUCUGUGGUAUUUUUUAAUUCAAAAAUGCAUUCUAGAUCCUUCCGUAGUCUCUCCUUACUGCUGGUGCAACUAUUCGACUUCUAAGUGUUUUGUUUGUGCUCAAAGUUUCUCUUAUUUAUACUCUCCGUUGAUUCGCAUUAAUAGUACAACCAACUUCCAUUCCUCAGACUACUAUUUAAAGCAUUGCCUUAUCCAGCUCCUUCCUCCACAAAGCCAUCCCAUUCAAUCAUAUUCUCCCUUUCUUGCCUUAAUGUCUGCUAAGCCUACAGAAUCUAGCUAUGCCAACAUUCUUAAGAUCAACCACUCUUCAUCUUCCCCUAAUGCUACCCAACAGGGAAGUAACGAGUAUGAAUGUGGAAGCAACUAUCAUAAUAAUGGUCAAACCACCUCCCCUAAACCAGCUGAGAUUGAACCCAUCUCUGUGGGAAUUGUCAGUCCUGAUCAUGCUACCCCUCCCUCAUUUGAUGCGCCACCACCUCAUCAUGCACCACAAGUUCCAAGUCCAAGUGUUCCUACCAUAGACCUCCCAGCUCCUGCUCUGGAAGCUGAUCAAGUAGCCUUGCUGUCAGCUACUUGCCUUUUGGGAAAAACAUGGGGAGAAGACCUUCCUAAGCAAGCUGUUAUGUCUAGACUUCGUAGGGAUUGGGGCUCUAUUCAUGGGUCACUUCGGGGGAAACUGUCACUCUCAAUCCUCCCUCCUCUACCAAGGAACUUGAGUUUGAGUCUAUCAUGGAGGAUGAUGAUGACUUGGACCAAGACUUUCUCAAUAUGUGUGGCAACAUUGCUAACAAUGAUGAGUUUAUGUCAAAUGAUGAGCUGCUCUAUGAAUUCCAGACUGCUGCUGACAUUGUUGCUGAACCUCCUGUCAUUCCGUCUGCUGCUGAACUCUCCAAGAGGAGGAAGAGAGAUGAUGGUGCUCUCUCUUCCCCCAUCCCCUCUACUGAAUGAAUUGGUCCUUGCUAUGUUAUUCCUUCUAUCAUACCCUCCUUUUGGUUAUUUUUUGGCUCAUGAUCAACUAUCUCACUUGCUGGUUGUAUCCCAGAUGGACUUACAUGUAUCUCUUUCUUUAUGCCCCUUAUCUUCCUUUUAUGUAUGCUAAGUACAGUAAUCAAUGUACUGAGGGUUGUUUUCUUUGGUCUCAUUUAUGUAAUGAAAGAAGGAAUUGGUGUUAUUUAUC